UCGCCCUGAACUGUCGGUUGUCUCGUGUAUUGUACACAUUGGUUAAUUCUUUAAGAGACGUCGGUGUCCCUCACCACGAAGAGAAGUCUGCGGAGCUAAUCUGUUAGCUAAUCUGUUAGCAGGACCAACUGACGUUAGCUAACACAGCUAGCUAGCUGAGCCAACAACAACAACAACAACCUUGCCUUCUAAGUCGCCCUUCGGGACAUGGCUAUCUCGGUGUGUGUGUGUGUGUGUUUUGAGGUCGUGUGAAAUCGUUACAGACGGUUUAUUUAUCAGGUGUUUUGGGUUAUUGGUCUCGCUGCCGUUUCUGGAAACAUUGACGAAAGCUAACCGCUAGCUUGCUAGCCAAACGUUUGCACCAUGGGAGCCGAGCAGAGUGCAGACGCGGAGCACAAGCACUCCGAUUACAGCUCCUCGGUGGUGCCCUCCCCAGCAAAGCAGAAAGCAAAGAUGGAUGAUAUCGUCAUUGUGGCUCAGGGGACCCAGUCAAUGCGAAAUAUCCACAACGACCCAGAUGUUAUCAAGCUUCAGGAGAUACCCACAUUUCAGCCACUUUUAAAAGGAGUGCUGAGUGGGCAGACUUCACCCAGCAGUGUGUGUCUGGAAAGGCUGGAUGCUGGUCAAGUUCUGCAGCUCUGCAUCCGCUACCAGGACCAUCUGCACCAGUGUGCCGAGGCCGUGGCCUUCGACCAGAACGCCCUGGUCAAGAGGAUCAAAGAGAUGGAUUUGUCAGUGGAAACCUUGUUCAGCAUAAUGCAGGAGCGCCAGAAACGCUACGCCAAGUACGCCGAGCAGAUCCAAAAGGUCAAUGAGAUGUCCAUGAUCCUGAGACGCAUCCAGAUGGGCAUCGACCAGACAGUGCCGCUGAUGGAGCGCCUCAACAACAUGCUGCCGGAGAGCGAGCGCCUGGAGCCCUUCAGCAUGAGGCCUGAUGGGGAUUCUGCUACCAAGUAGCCUCCUUAACGCCAACACAGCUGCUUCUUACCUGGGUCUCCUUCCAGUCCUGUGGCCAGGAGGAAGUGCAGGUCUGUGCAGCUGUAGGGAUCACCCAUUAAAGUCUUUUUUGUUUUCAUAGUCGAGGUAGAGCGAAGGUGUAAAUGUGUGAGUCAGCGCUCCUGCUCAGUUCUUUUAUUCUUCUGCUUAAUACAGAAAGUUUUGCUAAACACGCUCUUAAAGUGGCAAUAGACAACUUCCCCCCCCCCCCCC